GAUUUACAACUAAACUCUGUUUAUUUUUUGUUAGGUUCAAGAGUAUAACCGAUUGAAAGAGGAAGCUGGAAAAUUAUCAUCCAGGUAUCUUCAGGAGCUGGACUCUGUCAACAGAGAUCAAAAGUCCGAUCAAGACCGUCAUGAUAACGAGCUGCGGAAAAGAACCGAGAUGGAGGCUAAAGUUAAGCAAAAGCGAUCUGAGCUAGAAGAAAAUGUUCGUCGAGUGGAGAAACUGAAUGAAUAUAUCAGGACAAGCGAGCAGGCACUGUCUGACUUGAGAAAACAAGAAGAAGGUUUUGGGGAAGAGGUGACAGAUGCCAAAAAGCGUGUAGCUGAAAUCAAUGAUGAACUAGAAUCCAUCAUGAUAGAGCUUGGGGAUGCUAAGGUAGACAAGCAUGAGGAUUCACGAAGGAAGAAAAAAGCGGAGAUUGUUGAUCACUUUAAGCGUUUAUUCCCUGGAGUGUAUGACCGUCUGGUAAACAUGUGUCAGCCUAUCCACAAACGUUACAAUGUAGCUAUUACGAAAGUUCUCGGGAGGAACAUGGAGGCUAUUGUGGUGGACACGGAGCGCACGGCUCGAUCCUGUAUUAAAUAUCUAAAGGAGCAGAUGUUAGAGGCUGAAACAUUUUUACCAUUGGACUACAUUGAUGCUAAGCCUUUAAAAGAGAGAUUAAGAAACGUUCAGUCUCCCAGAAAUGUCAAACUCCUGUACGAUGUCCUUCAGUACGAUCCUCCUGCCAUCAAACGAGCUGUGCUGUAUGCAACCAACAAUGCACUUGUCUCUGAAACCGCUGAUGAUGCAUCUAAGGUUGCAUAUGAAUUAGGAGAUGGGAGAAGAUAUGAUGCCGUAGCCCUAGACGGAACAUACUACCAGAAGAAUGGCUUCAUAUCUGGAGGUAGCACGUAAGUUUUCUCCUUAUUGCCUGAUCAUCUU